AUGGGGACCAGCUCGCGGUCCAGCAGCCGAACCAAGGCUCCUGGUCGAAUGAGUCUGACGAGGCUGAGACAUGGAAGUUCUGGAGGGCAGGGACCGUCAUCCAAUGUUGGUGGAGCACCUUUGGCAGGCGCUGACAAGAACAAUCGGGAUAUUAAACAUCGAUUCGAGAUUACCAAGAAGCUCGGCGAAGGAACUUAUGGUAAAGUGUCCCUGGCAUACGAUCAUAAGACGGAGAGAGAGGUAAGGAAAUUCAACAUACAGUGACCCAAAACACAUAGGUUGCUGUAAAAUUAAUCAAAAAGAGUGCCAUCGAGAACAAGCAAGAUCUUGUCAGGAUUCGGAGGGAGAUCAGGAUCAUGUCUAUGCUCAAGCAUCCCAAUAUUAUUGAAAUAUACGAAGUGUUCGAAAACAAGGACAAGAUUAUAUUAGUCAUGGAGUAUGCGAGUGGGGGAGAGCUCUAUGAUUAUGUAGGGAAGAGCGGAAGUCUUCCGGAAUCCGAAGCGCGCAGGAUCUUCAGACAAAUCACUUCAGCCAUUUUGUAUUGUCAUAAAGUAAGAACUUUUCCCAAAAAAACUUACCAUUUUUUCAGCACAAAGUAGUCCACCGAGAUCUGAAAUUAGAAAAUAUUCUGUUGGAUGUCAGCAGCAACGCCAAGAUCGCUGACUUUGGUCUCUCUAAUUACUUUAACGACAAGACAUUGUUGAAUACUUUUUGCGGGUCUCCCUUGUACGCCUCUCCAGAAAUCAUCAACGGAACUCCUUAUCGAGGUCCUGAGGUCGAUUGUUGGAGUUUGGGCAUCCUCUUGUACACCUUAGUGUAUGGAACGAUGCCAUUUGAUGGUCAGGAUUUUAAUAGAAUGGUAAGUUCAUAUUGAAUUUAUAAAGAAAAUCAAGGUCCGUCAAAUAAAACGUGGUACUUAUUACGAACCAGAAUCUCCGUCAUGUAAGUCCUCAAACUAAUGUUUAAAGUUUGAUUUUAGCUGCUUCGAUGCUUAUCCGAAAUAUGCUACGGGUAAAUCCGGACAGACGAGCUGACAUUGACGACAUUGCAAGUCACUGGUGGCUUAAUCUAGAGGAAAACAUGCCAGUUAUUCAAGAGUUGCCAGAAAAUCAGGUAAGCAGGGAAUUAUUAUUAUAUUUAAAUUUUUUUUUUAAUUUCAGAUUACUGAUUACACACCUCUCACAGAACGAGCCGAAGUUCUUUAUGUUCAGGAUCUUGCCGAUGAAACCGACGUUUUCAUGGAAUUCGGACAUCUCAGUUCACUCACACGACAAAAGAUCGAGGAGUUCAGAAGACGUAGAAAGGAGGCGGAGGAAUACAAUGAAAACUCUCCGAUCAAACCUCCCAAACGAAAAAAUGAUGACAAACCCGAGCUGACGUCCAAAGAAAAAAGUCUGCGACAAGAACAAGAGGAAAAGAAAAUCGACGUUGCCGGUCACAUGAAUGAUCCCUUGGAAAGACUCCGGCAACUCGAGAAAAAUCUUCACAAACCAUCAUCUCCAGAACCGUCAACCUCAAAAACCAGAAGAGAUUCAAAAGCGGAAACAGAAAGAGAGGAAGAGAAAGCUGCUAAGAAAGAAGAUGACAAGAGACCAGCAUUCGUGGCGCUUUCAGAAGCCAAGAAACCUUCCACUGGACACAAACCAUUGCAUAAUAAUUGGAUGGCUGACAAUGAUUCGUUGAAUUUAUUGAUGAAUCAAGUUCUCGAACAGAUGGAUAAGGGUCCCGUUAGUAUUAAUCUGAUCGCUAGAGUGAAGGCACAUCCAAUGUAUGAGCAUAGACCGAUCAUUAAAGAACUUCUUGAGUCCAUAAUCUCGGCACAACCCGAUUCUGUCCAAAAACAAGCGUCAAAGGUCAUUGAACAUGCUUGUAACACGAUCAAGGCAAGUUUUAAAGAUAACCAGUAACCCAAAGUUUUAGAAAGAGAAGAAGGCCACACCAAUACAAAGUCCGACGGCAAAGAAGAACGCAGGAAUUCCAGAGACCAUCACCGAGAACCCAAAAAAGAAAUACGAAGUUCCAGAACUACCCACUAAAGUGGACGUCAAAGAAGCCAUCUCAAAAAGAGUAACGUUAGAAGAAAGAAAAUGGCAUAGCGUGGAAGUAGGCUUCGAAACAGACGAAGAAUCAUCAGGAUCAUCCGGAAGCAGGAAGAAUUCAAAAGUGUCUGCUCAGCCCAAUAUUGCACCACGCGUUAGAGACACCAAGUCCGCAGGGCAUGUAGUAGACGAAGAGGAAGAAGAUUUGGAAAACGAAGACAACGAAUGUGAGGACGAAUCUGAAUACGAAAGUGAAAUUGACGAAUUGGCCGAGGUCGUGGAACAAGCUGGAAAAAGUACAAGUCAGAUUGCACCAAAGAUUGUAGAGAGCCUAAGUGAACAAGUCGAGCCUCAACCACAUCUAGAGAUCUCCGCCAAUCAUUUGUCGACAUUAGAAAGGAAGCUGGCAAAACGGCAAAGCAAAGGAAAAUAUCAGGUAUGCAAUGGGAAACUGUUUCCCCUUCUUUUCUCCUUUUUGUUUAACUUCUUCCUUCUGUUUAGCACAGUCAUGUUGAACUGUAUGGUCGUGGGGUUUCUACGGAGACUGAUAGUCCUCCCGUGGCCAAGAAACCCAUCGGGGGACCACAGCCAUCCAUCGAGCAGUUGCCUGUUCUUUUCGACAAGGUUCGCUUCUGAUUCUGUCACUUCCACAAACCCCACAUUAUAGUGGUUAACAAGUGUAUUUUUAGGCCAAACAACUUAUUAUGGAGUAUCCGUUAAAACCGGAUGAAGACGCAAAAGAAACAGAGGCCAAGUCAUCCAAAUGGACCAAAACCCAAGACCCCGAUCUCAGUGACAAGAGUGCAACUGCCACGCCAAUUCCAAAGUACGUUUUUAUUUUGUGAGACUUUUCGGGCCUUGUGUAAUUCGGGCGGCGGACUUUUUGAAAUAAAAAAAAACUCAUCCGUUUAUAACGCUGCGCGAUUGGAUGUGCAGUAACAUUUAUACCGAUCUUUCGAAGAAAUGAAUUUUUGAAUUCUCCAUAGUCGGAAACUACAAAAACGCGGAAGAAUAAGUUUUUUCUAUUUUAAAAUUUUACAAUUUUUUAUUUUACAAUUUACAAUGAGUCAUCAGCAGUAUUUGAUUUUACAAGUUACAAUUUGAUUUUACAUAAGGUACGAAUGUUAUUUUUAGAUUUUUUUGACAAAUAGUUUAUUUAGGGGUAGUCCCGAAGCGAAAACAUUACAACGCGGCCGCGGCGACUUCCCGUUUUUGCACUAGCGAAAUGCACUUUUCGGCGACGUCGGCGAAAAAAUUCCACGGAACCAGAAAACAAGGUUUUGUCCCGGCCGUGCCCGGCUAGCCAAGAAAACAACAUUCAAAUGUAUCAGCUUGCCGGGCAAACAACGGCGGGUCGUCGCAGCAAAUGUUUCGCCGCGGCGCGCAAAAGUGGGCAUCGUCUCUUUUAACAAUAAAGAACAAAUUUUAGCCGCAAAGUUAAUGAAGAUGUGCAACAGAAUACAGCCAAAGCAGAACAUAACAGUGAAGAGGAGAGUGAAGAUGAAGGCGAGGUCAUCAGAAAACCAAGAACCUCCACCAUCAUUGGGUUCAGAACUAUAAAAACUUCUGCAGGUGAGUAAACCGAGUCAUAAGAGACGUUAGAAUUCAAGAAGGCUAUCAAAAAGAGGCCCCAAUUGCGGAAGUAAAGCCCCAAAAACCGUAUCAAGGGAUCACCCAGAAGACCCCGCCCAAGGAACCAGAAAAGGCCAAGAGCAAGGAGCCCUCGUUGAAACCGGAGGAUCAGAAAAAGUACGUUAACACCAUUUCGAGACUAACCUUUGAACUUGGCUUGGUUAAAAUCUUCUCUUUAUUGAUGUGUUUUUAAGUUCUGAGAAUGGCUUGGGAUCGCCACCGGACUCGCCAACGGCAGGGAAGUUAAGUUAUGAGACGGCAUCGCAAUAUAUUCGACGGAAAAACAGGGAACGGAGAGCAAGGACGCUGACUAUUGCAAUCACAGACGAAGCUUGGCAACGGUGGCGUCUUUUUCGCUUGUGUUUUCAAUUAAAUCUGCACGUCUCAUCCUCUUUUCAAAUUUCAGAGUCGUUGAAAAAACGCCUGAACCAAUCAGCAAGCCCCCAGAACCCGCAAAGGAAUCUAAUAUUCCGACAAUUCUGAGGAGACACCUUGCUAGGCAAUCAUCCAAAGGAGCCGCUGAUGCAACUCCAAAUUAUCAUAGGAAUUCCUAUCUAGAGGAGAAAAGACAGGUAAACAGUGGACUCUUUCCUUCUUAACUCCGUUUUCAGACGUAUGCUGAACGCAGAAAGUCAUUCCAUGAGUUUUCACCAGGGGAGUCCGACGAUUAUGCGACUGUAUACGGUAACCCGAAGACCCCGACUUAUUCAUCCGGAUAUGGCAACUCGGCAAGGACCGGGGGAAGAUUCGAGUUGGACGAGGUAUUGUUGAGGAAUCAUCUUCAUCCCGAUCCCUACCGCACCUCAGAUUCGUUUAACCCUCACUGGACUGGAUCACAGGUCCGCGAAAAAAAAGAAUAAAGAAAGCGACGAAUAUUUUUAUACGAAAAAAUGGCAUCCUUUUAAAUGUCAUCAAUUCAAAAAAUAGCUUGUUGCUGAAAUAACACUUUGUCCAUUUUUCCAUUAACAUUCUUCGCCAAAAUAUUUUUUUUAAUUAUUUUGUUUUAGCCCCUGUCAAAUCUUCGUCUCGAAAGUAAUUCCAUAGGCCACGAACAGCCACGCCAACGGUUCGAAGUGUAUAAAACUCGGGCUGAAAGGGAUCGGGAUGCUGCAAAUGGAGUCGCUUCCGGCUCCUCUUACUACCAAGAUCGACCUUCCAAUAGUUAUAUCCCAGGGCCGGGCUACAAGUCGCAAUACAGUGGUAAUGAUUACGGUAUUUCUACCUCGGGUUACCGCCGUCCAUCCGCCUACGAGCCUGAUCUUGUCAACACUUCGGAUUACGGGCCAGGUUCUUCUGGAUAUAGUCAAGAUCCGUAUUUUACAUCGAAUAAAGACAGAUUCCGCCCGGUAACCAGACGACUGGGGAAUAAUGCCAAAGAUGUGGACGGGAGACGGGCAAGAGCACGAUCUCAAUCCAACGACAGGAAGUUCUCGACCAGUUCGAUAACGGACAUUGAUGCUGCAGGUAGAUUUUGCCAUAUCAAUGUAAUGUUAUUAUUAGAAUAAAGAAUAUCUUACGAUCUGUUUCAGCAGCUUUAUCAAGUCGUCUGAUGACUCCCGAGAUCGGAACGGGGGUUACCGACUACGGCUACGUUAGUUACCAUGAUUCUGGAAACUCCCGGAUCUCCCAAACACGGGAACCUGAUAUCAGCAUGGCUCCAGCACGGGGUAUCCUGAAAAAUAAACAAGUAGGUUCCCUAAAAAGACAACUAAAACAACAUGAUCAUUUAGGCUUACGAGGUUGAACCAAGAGCUGCAGCUUCUCAAGGUAAGUGUAAAAAAAGUUCCCUCUGAGUUGAUUGACCUCACUUUCGCUAUCCACCACACUCUAUCGCCAUGUUUAAUCAAAAUUUCCACUAAACCAGUAAUCGAUAUUUCUUGUGUAGCCCGGCUUCGGAGUGCCAUCAGUGCCGAGAAAGCUUUGGGGCCGCCGUUGUACGGGCCCGUCCAUCCAAUGCCAUUUGGUGCCCCUAUGAGACUUGGAUCCACUGAUCCUUCUGGCUUCCAAAUGUCUCAUACGACACCCUUUUAUAGCCAUCUGCCUGAAGGUGGGCCUCUGACCUGGUGUCCUGCCGUUUGCCGUGCUGUGAAGAUUCAUUCUGAUGUCAAAAGUCGUACUGUCCGAUAUUCUACUCACAGAAAAAGGAAUUUGAUGUGUCAGUCUUAAAUUCACUUAACCGUUUAUUCUGUAGUUAUGUGUGUUGUUGUCAUCAUUUUAUUCUUCUAAAAAGAUUUUUUAGUCCCCCGAGGUAUAACCCCUAGCUCCGAUUUCUACGACCCAAUCGGAUCAUCAAUUCCAAAGAAAAGGAACUCCGGCCCUUCCAGCUUUUUAAAUCUUAGACGUCGGACAGCCGAAAUACGACUGGGGAACGACGGGAAGAUGAGUACAACAAGUAACGGGUGAGUUUGACAAGAACAUAUGACUAUGAUCGUAGAAUACAUAUUGAUGACGAUUACAAAAGACCGUCUUCUCCAAUCGAUAGACUGAAGAAUCUUUUCGGCGGAGUCACCUCAAGUACAACGCCUAAGAAACCGACCAAUUCCGUCUAUUCAUCAACCAACACCUCACGCUACAACUCGGGACUGCCAACUUCAACCCAAUUCAAACGAUACGGCGGAGGAUGGUUCUAA